UGAAAUAUGAGCGCACACACAGAACCUUUGAACACAUUCUCUAAACUUUUCUUUUCAGUUCAUUUCACAGUGGUUUUGGUCGCUUCUGGUUAGUUUUAAAAAUGUAUAGUUUUAGUUGACAUUUUAUUAUUUUAGGUAUUUUACAAGGUUCAACGCGAAUAUUACAAUACAAACAAAACUACUGAAGACAUUUAACUCACACUUUUGUACACAUCCAGUCUCAAUGUACAUGCCUGCAAACUGAAUUUGCAGCAGUGAUUUAGAUUUAGAAGAUGAAGCGCUCCCUCCCGAAAACACUGCGUCUCUCUCCUCCGGUGGGUGGGCGUGUUUUCUUCGCACCGUGUCGCUCCUCUGUCCGGUCAUUCGGGUCUGGACUGGGACUCGGGCACGCUCCGCAGCGGGAGAUGAUGCCUCAUUCAUCUUUUUAACGAGUUUUGAAGUAGAGGAACUGCAAGAUGCUGGUGACGCUGCUGACGCUGCUGCUGAGCUUCAGCGGGACUUUACUGGGACAACUGGAGGACUCUGAACUUGAAGAUGAUGUUGAUUUGGCGGACUUUGGUUUAGACAUUGCACCGCGCAGGGUCCCUCGCCAGGUGAAAACUAUAAUAACCAAGGAGACCAAACCUCACAUCCAGGAACUCUCCAUCAAGACCACGAUCAUCUCCCGCUACGCUUUCACCGCGGUGUACUGCUCCUUGCUCAACCGCUACCCCGCCGCUAGUGAGGGCGUCUUUCAGUUUCAAAUCCCCGCUAAUGCCUACAUCUCCAACUUCACCAUGAUCAUUGGGGGGCGUGUCUACCAGAGCGAGGUCAAGCCGAAGGAGAAGAGGGUCAAACAGGAGAGAGGAAAAUCUGGGACGAAGGAGCCAGGUGAUGCAAGUCCAGAGCCAGAAGUGGAGGUGUUCAGAAUGGCGGCUAAAAUACCUGGUCGAAACCGGGCGGUCUUCCUUCUGACAUACGAGGAACUUCUACAGCGCCGGCUAGGACGCUACGAACACGUGACCAGCCUCCGGCCCAUGCAGCUGGUCAGCCGCCUCAGCCUAGACGUCACCAUCGUUGACCAUUCCCCCAUCACGGACCUGGAGGUGCUGCCGCUCCGGAACGGCAAGAGCAACGCCGCCGCCAACACUGCAACUGCUCCUAAGCCACCAAACAUACCAGCCAAACCUGAGCUUCCCAUCACCACUGUGAUCAAAAACGAAAAGAACGUCUGCAAGAUCACCUUCAGCCCCAACAUCAUCCAACAGGCAAAGAUCACCACCAGUGGCAUCCUGGGAGACUUCGUGAUUCGCUAUGAUGUUCAAAGAGACAUGGGGAUCGGAGACAUUCAGGUUUUGAACGGCCAUUUCGUCCACUACUUUGCCCCCAAAGACCUUCCUGCUGUGCCUAAGAACGUGGUGUUUGUGAUCGACACCAGCGCCUCCAUGUUGGGGACUAAGAUAAGACAGACUAAGGAUGCCCUCUUCACCAUCCUGAGGGACCUGCGGCCCGGCGAUAACUUUAACUUUAUCAGCUUCUCCAAUAAGAUCAAAGUUUGGCAGCCAAAUCGUCUCGUGCCAGUGACCCCCCUCAAUAUCAGGGACGCCAAGAAGUUUAUUUACAUGCUGGCGCCCACUGGAGGCACCAACAUCGAUGGCGCCAUCCGGACCGGCUCGUCUCUGCUUCGAGACUACCUCUUGGGCCCUGACAGCAGCCCGAACAGCGUCUCGCUCAUUAUUUUCCUGACAGACGGGCGGCCCACUGUCGGAGAGAUCCAGUCCGUGGCGAUCCUGGGGAACACUCGCUCAGCUGUGCAGGAAAAAUUCUGCAUCUUCACAAUUGGGAUUGGUAAUGAUGUGGACUACCGACUGCUGGAGCGUAUGGCUCUGGAAAAUUGCGGGAUGAUGAGACGCAUCAAUGAGGAGGCUGACGCAAGCGCCAUGCUCAAAGGGUUCUAUAAUGAAAUCGGAACUCCUCUGCUGUCUGACAUAAGAAUCAACUACACGGAGAACUCCGUCCAGUACGUCACUCAGAAUCUUUUCACCAACUACUUCAAUGGCUCUGAGAUCGUCGUUGCCGGCAAGCUCACAAACGAAAGCGCAGAAUCUCUCCACGUGCAGGUCACUGCCAGUAACAACGAUAAGAGCAUCAUACUCGAGACAGACGUACCACUGCGAAACCGGCAGAUAGAUACAGAGAAGCAUGUGAAGUUAGCCACUUCUGCAAUGGCGACGGGCGUCAGAGCCCUGGGAACUGACGCGACACAGAAAUUAGGAGUCGCUUUGGGUUCGGUAGCAGAAGACUUCGUGGAACGUGUGUGGGGUUUCCUAAGCAUCAAAGAGGGGCUGCGUUCACGACUGCGCAGCCAAACCAGCAAGGACAGGGAAGGCCACACUCAGCAGGCCACCAACCUGUCCAUGACCUAUCACUUCCUCACUCCUCUCACUAACAUUGCGGUGGAGAAGCCUGAAGUCCUGACUGAUGGCACCAUGGCCCCAGCGCCCACCAUUACGCCAGGAGCCGGUGAGGCUACCUCACCUGCCAAUGACCUGCCAGGAGACACAGAUGACAGAGAGCCACAGACACCUGACAGGGACCUCAACAGCCAGGCUUUAUCGCAGAGCAACACAAUCGGCAAAGUUGUGAGAAGACCAACAAAGAAAUUCAUCACCUUCUCCAAGACAUCGGCGGAUGGUGACCCCCAUUUUGUUGUUGAGUUCCCCCUGAGUAAACUGACUGUGUGCUUUAACAUCAAUGGCGAGCCUGGACACAUCCUUGGCCUGGUCUCCGACCACAAAUACUCUGGUGUGACGGUCAACGGUAAGCUCAUCGGCGCCCCGGCACCACCGGGCAGUCACAAGCAGCAGCGUACUUACUUCAGCACUAUCACUAUUGUGGUGGAUAAACCCCAACGCGCCUACAUCGAAGUGACACCUAAGAAGGUUAUUCUGGAUGGACGGGACCGCAUUGUUCUGCCCUGCCACUCUACUGUGUCUGUGGACUGUGGAGCGCUGUCUGUGGCCAUUGUGGGAAAUUCGAAUGUGACCGUGACGGUCGGUGGGAACAUCAGCUUCGUAAUCCUGCUGCAUCAGUACAAAAACCCGGCGCCCUACCAGAGAGACCAUCUGGGGUUCUACAUUGGAAACAACAAGGGGCUGUCGCACAACUGCCACGGUCUGCUAGGUCAGUUCCUGUAUGAGGAAGUAGGAUUGGCAGAGCUUCCUGCACAGGGAGAUACAAAGCCCUCACUGGUCCUGAAGGUGAAGAACCGCUCAGUGCCCGUUGUUCAGAAAAGUAGGAGGAUCUACAGCGGCACACAGAGUGUGGACUGCUGGUUCGCCAGGAAUAACGCAGCCAAGCUGAUAGACGGAGAGUACAAAGACUAUUUGAUGUCACACAUGUUUGACACAGGAGACUGGCCACAUGGGACAAACCGGGUGUGAGAUGAGCACAAAGAACUAUAGCUUCAGCAUUUAAUUACCUGACUAAACUCCUUUUAAAGAUAAUUAUCACAUCCAAAAAGACCUAAAAGCCUCCACACAUUACGUUUUUUUCCUACUUUCAGGUCCCUUCUGAAUAUAUUUUUAUUAUUUCUGAUGAAAGUUAAAGGUUUUAUUA